CCAUAGACAGUGUCAAGUAUUCUGGAGCUCAGCAGGUGGCGAACGUUGGACUCAGUCUUAUCACGGCUAGGGAUACAUUUUACAGUAAGAGUACCAGGAAAGGAGUUAGACGAGUUCUUGUUUUAAUGAUUAAAAGUAAAUCCAAUGACGAGAUCUCCGACCCUGCACGAAAGCUGCGGGACGAUGGAGUAGAGAUAUAUGGCUUUGACUUUGGAGACAGAGUAGAAGUACAAGAAAUUGCAGAAAUAGCGACAACGCCAACGAAUAAACACGUAGUGAUAAACGGCAUUGGUACCUUUUUAGCUGGUGCACAGAAUCUUAUUGGGAAGCUGGGUAUUGCGAAAGUGGAAUCAGCGCAAAGGCAAACUCCCACACUGCGGAUGACCCCACAUGGAAAAGGAAAUGCUAUUGAUCUGGUCAUUCUGAUUGAUGGAAGUGCCAACACUAAACUUGAGGAUUUCAACCAAAUAAAAGAAAUUACUAAAGCUAUCUAUAACAAAUUCGGCGUGUCUCUUAAUGGAACUCAUGUUGCAGUGGUCGUAUAUUCUGAAGUGACACAGAUCGUUUUCAAUUUGAAGAAGCAUUACGAUCCCCAAGGUAUGGACAACGAUAUAAACACUGCUCCUUACCUCUCUGGACUAGGUAUGAUGGGGAGUGCUCUAAGAGACGUGAAAACGCACAUAUUUGAUGUUUAUUCUCGACCAAAUGUUCCUAAAGUGUUGAUAUCUGUAUUGACGGGAGCGCCUGCAGACGAAAUUGAAAGAUACAUCAACGAGUUGAAAAUGUCUUGCGUCUUGUUAUUUGCUUUGGGACUCACUUCCAAUUACAGUCCCCAGAUUUUGGAUCUUGCAUCCAGUGAGCCUCAUUUUGAAUAUGUACUAACCAGCGAAACUUUUCCAGUAGCUAAUUCAGUGGCACAGAAAAUGGCUGCCAAAAUAAAGAAGGGUAAGUUUCUCAUUAGGCCAAGUUUCCAGCCGUGUGUUUCGGUACAAAGGAAUGCGAGCGGGCCAGACGCUAACAGCUAG